UCUAUAGUUACCUUAUCAGUUUGUCUGGAGACAAUACUGCAAUUCUGCAAAAGGUAUAUACUUUAUCUUCAAGACUUCAACCACCAACGAACUCUGUGUAGAAAUACCCAUAAGAAAAAACAGUAAAAUUCACUCUAAAACAGUACGCAAAUUCCUAGACCUGCUGUUUAUGACUGAAGAAGCUAAUCCUCUUCCUAUUCACAUACGAAUUCAGAAGAAAAAUGAUACUUCAAACAACAACCUUCUCAUCUCUACCUCCACAAAGCCACCACCCCCAUCACCCCUUUCUUUCUCAAUCUCCUCCUCUCGCUUUUCUCCCAGUUGGGUCUCUUAAGAUCAGGCCCUACAGGCAUUUUUCUCAGGUCCUCUUUGAGCACUGUAGUUCACCAGGCUUGACAACCUUUAGACCAGGCCAUGGUUUGAAUAUCAGAAAAUUUCUCAAUUUGCAGAUACAUCAAAUGGAAUUGGCAACUGGAUCCCAUAACUCAGCAAGAUCUGAAAAUAUCUUGAUGCACCUUUCAAAUAUCAAGGAUAAUGUGCACAUGAAAAGGCUGUUAAUUUGGGUAUCAACAUUCUCAUAUGGACAAAUCUCAUUGUUGAUUUCUGCAAAAGUGGCACAUGCACAAGAAAUCAGAAACAAUGCGCUUUAUGAUGUUGGGGAGUUAUUUGAAUUGGGAAUCCAGCUCUCUUAUCUGCUUUUGCUAUUAGCUUUACUUGGGGUUGGAACCUUCUUUGUAAUUCGUCAAGUCCUUGUGCGUAGAGAGCUUGAUCUUUCCGCAAAAGAAUUGCAAGAACAAGUAAGAAGCGGCGAUGCGAGUGCCACCGAGCUGUUUGAACUUGGUGCUGUAAUGCUGAGGAGGAAAGUUUACCCUGCUGCUACUAAAUUUUUGCUUCAGGCAAUUGAAAAAUGGGAUGGUGAUGAUCAGGAUCUUGCCCAGGUAUGUUUUUCUUCUGCAUUCUGCAAACAAAGACAGCGUGAUUCCCUUGUGCUAACUGUAUCUUCUUGCUCGUUAAUGCAUAUGUUGCCUUACAAUCUGCCAAAUAACUAAAAACUGCUAUGCUAAUGAUUGGAUCGUAAUGGUUUCUACGAUGAACUGAAUAGUUGAUAUUAUAAAGAUACCUUUACAUAUCAGGUGUUUUGUUCUUUUUAGUAUUAGAAAAGAACCAUAUUUAUCUUUAGUCUGUGUAUAAAUUAUCUGACAAACAAACACGUAGUUGCAUCCAUGUAUUUGAAGCUUGAGCAUAUCAAAAGAAUGCAACAUUAAUAAAUGGGCAUAUAUACCGAUGGACUUUAGCUUAAUGGUAGUGGAAUCAUUUUCAGAGCUGAGAGGUCUCAAGUUCGAACUCCAGUCGGAGCUAAUUGUACCAGAAAAAUAAGUGGGCAUACGUCCUUGAGCACAACUAAUGCAACAAAUGCUCAAAAGUCAAUAAAAAAAUCUAGUCCUAUUUCCUACCAUCUCAAUUCAGCAGAUCCUUUUUCACCUACAUGGUAUGUCAUGCCAUUUUGUGCUUCACCACUUCUCAUUCUAAAUUUUUUUGCCAACUCAUAUUCUUCUUACCCUGAUCUUUUCUUCUAGGCUUCACCACGCCAAUUUGGUCCCCACCAUAUCUAUAGAAAAUCAUUGGAGGUCUAAAAAUUAUUAGUCAACCCAUGUUCUUGCUUUGGUAAUUAUUCUUUUAGGCUUUUCUCUUUAGUUAUAGUUGCUUGAAUUUCACUCAAUCACGGACUCACUUCGAUAUAAUCUAUUAAUGGAGAUCUUCAUUUAACUACUGUUUAUCACACACCAGUAAACCAGAAAGCUCCUCCAUGGCUUGGUUGAGUGGUUAGCAAUUUAGGGCCUCUUGCUUCUGGAGUCAUGUAGACUUGGUGUUCGGUCCAACCAAGUCUUUCUACAGUUCUUCUGAUCGAUCGGCCCUGUUAUUUGCAAGAUGGAAAGUGCAGGAAAAGCCUAGUGCCUUGUCGAGGAGAGAGAGAAGAAAAAAAUAAAUUGAUAAACCUUCUAAGUUUCUUAAAUUACAGUGAGUUGAAGCAUUAUGGCCUCGAAGUUGUAAUAAUCUUUUGA